AUGUCGUGCGGCCCAAACCUCCUGCUCCUGCCACACAGCGCCCAGCGUUCUCCCCCUCCUCCUCCUCCUCUCCCAGCACGGCACAAAUUCCAGCUCGGAGGAGGCUUCCCCAGAGAGGGCUCCGGCUCCUGUUUCAGCUUCAGUGACCCUGCAGAGGAACAGGGCAUCUUUCAGAAAAGGUUCUUGGAAAGAGCAAACAGGCCCCGGCCCCAGCCCCGGCUCCUCCCGGGCCCCGCGGAGGACACAGGCAGCGCGGCCGCUGCCGCCGCCUCCGCUGCGGCUUCCCCGGCCCGAGCUCCGCCGCUCGGCAGCGCGGCCGCCGGCCCCGAGCCGCCGCUGUCCCGUUGCCAGGAGCGAACGCCUGGGGAUGGCCGGCCCGGGGCGCUUGAGGGGCGCUCGGGGGCCGCUCCUGGCCCCGGGCCGAGCGCUGACAGCCGCGUCCCGCCGGCAAGGAAGGCGCAGCAGGGCCUGAAGGAGCAGUACUGGCUGGGUUCCCUGCUGGGCCGCGGCGGCUUCGGCAGCGUCUUCGCGGCCACGCGGCUCUCGGACGGCGCCCCGGUGGCCAUCAAAAGGGUGCCACGGAACCGCGUCCUGCACUGGGGCGAGCUGCCCGACGGCACCAGCGCACCCCUGGAGGUGGUGCUGCUGGCCAAGGUGUCCACUGGCUUCCCCGGUGUCGUCCAGCUGCUGGAGUGGCUUGAGCUCCCCAACGACAUCGUGAUGGUGCUGGAGCGCCCAAAGCGGUCUCAGGACCUGCACCAUUUCAUUCGGGCACGGGGGUUCCUGUCCGAGGAGGUGGCGCGGGAGCUGUUCCUCCAGGUGCUGGAGGCCGUGCGGCACUGCACCAGCUGCGGGGUCCUCCACAGGGACAUCAAACCAGGGAACAUCCUGGUUGACCUGGCCACCGGGGAGGCCAAAUUGAUCGACUUUGGCUGUGGCACCUACCUGCAAGACACAGCCUACACUCACUUUGCAGGAACACGGUCAUACAGCCCCCCGGAAUGGAUGCAUUUUGGCUGGUACUACGGCAAGCCAGCUACUGUCUGGUCCCUGGGCAUCGUGCUGCACCAGAUGGUCUGCGGGGAGCACCCUUUCAGGGGGUGCCAGAACAUCAGCUGGGACCAUCAGCUCUCGCUGCCACAACGGCUCUCUCCAGAGUGCCAAGAUCUGAUCAGGAGGUGUUUAUCCAUGCUGGACAUGGAAAGGCCUUCAUUAGAAGAGCUGUUGUGUGAUCCCUGGAUGCAGGACGUUCAUCUGCCCUAGAAGAAGGGAGAGAGCCACAGGCACACUUUGAUGCAAGGCCCUGCUGGGGCCCUGGGCAGAACCCUGACAGCCUGGUCUCAGCCCCAGGGAAGGAGAAGGAGCCCCUGGAGAAGCUGUACCAGGUGGGGCUGCUGCUGCUGGAGACAGCGAGGACAACAUCAAGGAUGACAACCUCUUGCUCCACCUGGUCACCGGCAGGCUGAAGAUGACAUCACUUUGAUUCUGGCACCUUCUCCAAAGCCAGGCUCCACAGGGAAUUUGCAGAUGAGUCCACACACAGGGGAUGCUCCCAGAUUUGGGCAUUGCACAGCCUGGCCGGGAACAGAAGGUUCCCCUUUUGCUGGGAUCCUU